CAUGGUUUCUCCUCCUCGCUCUUGUGAGUAACUUGGCGUUUGGUGUCAGCGGCUUCCACACGUUUCCUAUACAACAGAGGCGCUUACGCUCUUCUCUCCCUCCACACCUCGGGCUGCUGCUCUUUUUUUUUUUUUUUACAAGCGGAGCAGUGUGCAGCCCUCCCACCCCCACCCUGCCAAACUUUUAUUUCUCGCUUAGAUCACCUAGAGGAGAAAAAAGAGAGAGCUCGCUCUAUCCCAGAUCUGUAGACACAGCGACUGGUGAGGAGGAACGACAUGGACAUGAAAAAGAGAAUUCACCUGGAGCUGAGGAACAGGACGCCGUCUGAUGUGCGGGAACUAGUUUUGGACAACUGCAGGGCAAAAGAAGGCAAAAUCGAGGGUCUAACGGCAGAGUUUUCCAAUCUAGAGUUCCUCAGCCUUAUAAAUGUUAUGUUGAUGUCCGUUUCAAAUCUUCCAAAAUUACCGAAGUUAAAAAAGCUUGAACUAAGUGACAACAGGAUUUCUGGAGGUCUAGAUGUACUAGCAGAGAAGCUCCCAAACCUCACGCAUCUAAAUCUCAGCGGAAAUAAAUUAAAAGAUAUUAGCACCUUGGAACCUUUGAAAAAAUUGGAGCAUCUAAAGAGUCUUGACCUAUUCAACUGUGAAGUAACAAAUCUUAAUGACUACAGAGAAAGUGUAUUCAAACUCCUUCCUCAGCUGACUUAUCUGGAUGGAUAUGACAAAGAUGAUAAAGAAGCCCCAGAUUCGGAUGCAGAAGCUGAUGGGGAUGGUGUUGAUGAGGAGGAAGAAGAUGAAGAGGGCGAAGAAGAGGACGAUGAUGAAGAGGAAGAAGACGACGACAUAGAUGAGGAAGAAGAUGAGGAUGAGGAGGAAGAAGUGGGAGAGGAGGACGAUGAAGAUGCAAGUGAAGAUGAUGAUGAGGAAGUGCUUGGACACGAAGUAGGAGAUGAGGAAGAGGAUGACGAUGAGGAGGAGGAUGAUGAAGAAGAAGAAAUUGGAAAAGGAGAGAAGAGAAAGAGGGAUACAGACGAUGAGGGUGAUGAGGAGGAAGAUUAAAGUAAUUUGGGGAAAUUUGGGGGAAAAAAAGGACUUUAUUGGAUAUACAGUAUUGAUUGAACUGGCCCCAUUUGUGGAAUAUUGAAAAACAGGCUACAAAUUGUAACAAUGAAAACAAGCCCUAUAACUGAACACCCAAAAAGAGCCAAAGAGUCGUUACUGUGACAUUCCUACAGCCAAUAAACCCUACUGGAAGCUUACAUCAUGGUUUAUAGUUAAGUCUCAAAAAGAAAAAAAAAAAUAUAUAUAUAUACAGAGAUUAACAUAUAUAUAUAUUCUCAAAAUGUCCCGCUAAACAAACUGGGUCAAUGCUUUUACUAUUAUGUUGAGGUUCUUAAGGGUUAACAAGUUGAGGGUGUGAUUGGUGAGUCAUGAUUGUCAAUGGCUACCUAUUCGACAUUGGAGCACCGUUUUUACUUUCUGUACAACAAACAGCAAAAAGAGGAAAAAAAAAAUCUUUGUAAAUAAAAUCUUAACAUUUUUGGGUCUGUUUUUCAUGCUUUGCUUUUUUCCUAACAGUUCAAUAUUUUUUUACAGUAGGAUGUUUUUUGCGACAACUGCAGAUGAACUAUUUUUAAGAACAUGAGUGAAAUAAACAUGUUACUAUUUGGUAAA